UAUGUGUGUGUCGUCUCACGACAGUACAUCGUUUGGAAAGGGUCGCCGGCAGUGGAUCAUAAAACAAAGACGACGCCUCUACAAGUUCCAGACGCUGCAGAGACUAGGAUACAAUAUACCACCAUACAGCUUGCUUUAUGGGCACGCCGGCAAGCUGAAGGGCACCACCGGUCCGUCGGAGUUCCAGCGUCUGUUCGAUGCUUACGGGGUCCAGCAUGGAACGCGGGGCAAGACGAUGGCGCUGUACGUCGGCACGAAACCCACGCUGUGCACCACGGACCCAGACCUGGUGCGCGAGGUGUUCGUUCAGCGGGUGGACACGUUUCCUGACCGGCAGGACAACAAGAGCCCUGUGCUGACCAUUCCGGACCAUAACCUGCUGACGCUGAGGGGCAAGCGCUGGAAAUACGUCCGCCGCGUCCUGAACCCGGCCUUCACCACCAACAAGCUGAAGGGCAUGUCGCCGGCUAUGAACGUGUCCAUUCAGACGUUCCUGGACGUGCUAGAGGGCAACAGGCUCCAGGGCCAGCCGACCAACGUAUACGCCGCCUUCCGCAGCCUCACCCUGGAGGUGAUUGGCAAGUGCGCGCUGGCCAUGGAGGUGCACUGCCAGACGGACCAGCGCGACCCGCUCCUUGUUAUGAUGAAGACGCUGCUUGGGUCCGCUCCGCUAAUGGGUGUGCUGCGCGGCCUGCAGCCGCUGACGCGUCUGAUGCUGCCCCUGCUGCGCGCCUUCGGGCCGGCCUCGCGCGCGUACCACGUGGACCAGCAGCUGCAGCGCUGGCUUCGCGGAGUCAUCCAGCAUCGCCAACGGAGUGGUGCGACGGUCACAGACGCCCUGCAGCUGCUGCUGGAGGCGCAGCGCGCCGACAGUGGCAGCGAAGCCGUCACUGACCAAGAGUUACUCUCCAACGCGUUCGUGUUCAUCGGGGCCGGCUAUGAGACAACAAGUACAGCGCUAGCUUUCACGUCAUACCUUCUGGCGCGCCACCCGACCGUACAGAGCCGCCUGUACGACGAGAUCGUGGCUAACGUACCGGCCAGCGGUGACCUCGACUACGAAACCGUGCUCGGCCUGCCGUACCUGGAGAUGGUGAUUCAGGAAUCACUGCGUCUCUACCCGCCGAUCCCAGCGCUGUACGGCCGACAGGCUAGCUUCGCGACGGAGGUUCAGGGGAUGCGCGUGCCACCCGGCGCCUUCGUGGCCGUGGUACCGAUCUGCAUGCAUCACGACCCUGACCUGUGGCCCGACCCGGAGCGCUUCGACCCGGAGCGGUUCAGCGCCGAAAACAAGCCGCACAUCGUGCCCUGCAGCCACAUGCCGUUCGGCGCCGGGCCGCGCCACUGCAUCGGCAUGCGGUUCGCCAUGAUGGAGAUCAAGCUGGCGCUGUGUCACACGCUACGUCGGUACCGGCUGCUGCCGACCAGCGAGCCGCUGGAGCUAGCCAUCGUUCCGCCGUCUCUCGCACCCGCCUCGGGCCAAAUCAACCUGCGGGUGGAGCUGAGGCAGCCUCGGGGAGACGGGGUGACGGACAAAGUGUAGAGGGAGUAGGGGAGUCUAGAGGGAGCACUAAAGGGAGUGUACAGGGAUCUAUGAAGGGAAGGGGAAGGGACGACGGGACAGGGAUUGCGUGAAAAAAGAAAGAUUGCUAAAGGAGGAGUGUCACAAGAAGAACGUUUUAGAAUUGAGCAAGAGGUGAAAGAUCCAGGAUGGAGGGGAGAGACGGAUGUAUGGGGUAUGUAUGCAUGUAUGUAUGGGGUGUAUGAUGAGAUGGGAACGGUUGAGGAAAGCUGGAAUAAAGUUAACGAGCUCAAAGAAGCUGAACAGGACCAGAUGAAAGAGUAAAAUGUACCAGCACGUGGAAAGAAAGGAGUAAUAAAUGAGGCCAAAC